CCCGGAACCUUGCUCCGGGGAGUGCGGGGACAGGCGCGCUGCACGGACACUUCCGCCGGCGGUGGAGCGGAAGCUGCCGAUAUCCGGGUGUCGGGUUGCUGGAAUGGCGGCUACCGCGAUGCUGAGGUCUCUGGCGCUCAAUUUCUUUCUGACGGAGAAAUGCUACGAGGAAUUUUUCCUGGAGUUUAACCUGUUGGACGUCCCCUGCCUGAAACUGCUGCUCAGCAAAGUCCUGGGACUGUCCAUCAUCGCAGGAUCAGUGAUGGUCAAACUACCCCAGAUACUGAAGAUUGUGAGGGCACAGAGCACAGAGGGCCUGAGCUUUAACUCGAUCCUCCUGGAAAUGCUGGCUAUCUCCGGCACCAUGGUUUACGGCAUCAGGAACCAUUUUCCUUUCAGCUCCUGGGGGGAGGCCUUGUUCCUGAUGCUGCAGACCCUAACCAUCGGCUUUCUGAUCCUGCAUUACAGCAGCCAGACGCAAACAGGGGUCUGCUGUUUUCUGGUUUACUUUGCCCUCGUGAGCCUCCUGCUGGCCCCUGUCACCCCGCUGAGGGUAGUGAGUCUCCUCCAGGCCCUCAACCUGCCGGCGAUCAUGGUCAGCCGGCUCUUGCAGAUUCUGACCAACUACAGGAAUGGCCACACCGGCCAGCUGUCCGCCAUCACAGUCUUCCUCCUGUUUGGGGGCUCCUUGGCAAGAAUCUUCACGUCUGUGCAGGAGACGGGUGACCAGCUGAUGAUCCUCACCUACCUCGUGGCUUCCUCUUUUAAUGGGAUCAUUGCUGCCCAGCUGCUGUAUUACUGGAGGGUGUCCACUGAGAAAACCCAGAAAACGGAUUAACCCCCGCCCCGGCCCGGUCUACGAACGCCCACGGCCAGUUGGAUAGAAUGCUAUUUGGGACCACAGGACGAAUGGCUCCCCCCAGCACCCCCCCCCAAUCCCGGCCCAGCGCAGCGUGAGAAUGGCCGUGCCAUCACUUCUGAUUCCGCACGGUUUCCUGCUGUUGUAUGUGGAUUUGGCAGGAACGGUGAUUUUGCAGCUGGAGCAGCGCCCCCCCCCCCAACAAAAAAAAAGGCGUACUGAUGAUUAAAUCUGAUUUAU